AUGGCUCCUUGCUGCGGCGACGCAUCCACGCCAAUCAAACAUCUUGUCUACGCGCCGCUCUGCAGCAUCGCCACCAUGUUCAAUACCCCUCUUUCACAAUUUUUAAUGUUUCAGCAGGCGCCAGGAUUGGCUCAUGCUAGAAGCGUUGGUGCCGGCCACGAUUCUACGAUUGGCGCCCAGGCCUUGGUGGGACGUGAGGGCGAAGGCAUGGCGACCUCACCAGACCCCAUCCCUCCGGGGUUUGCGAUUAUUGACAUACGAGUUCCGUCUCACGUUCUCGACCAUCCUCACAACGCACAGUUCCUGGCAUAUGAUACUGUCAACUUUGACGAAGACCCCCUCGCCGACGAGGCAUCGGAGAAAAGCGACCAUGGCACACCCGCUCCCAUGGAACACGCUCCUGAACGCAUACUUCGCUUAGCAACGAAUCAUUGGCCCAGAGUUCCCAGUGAUGGCUUCGUCUUUGGUUCGGACGCGAGCAAAUGCGAUGUACUACUUCCCACGAUCCCGGACCCCCCCCAAGGAAACCAGCCUUCUAUUAGCCGAAGGCAUUUUGCUAUUUCAUUCUCCGCGAACAGCAUUCUUUUCAGAAAUCUGUCUAAACGAGGUACAAAUAUUUUUGCCGGGCAGCGGGCGCUGGCCAUCGACUUGGAAACGCAGUGGGUUUUUCAGGCAGGGCCCAGUAUUGUUGUGCCGCUAUUUCGGCCAUUCGAGCUCACUCGAUGCUGGGGAGAUCACGAGAGGCCUGAUGCGUACCUCGAGUUUCUUGAAAGACUCGCAAAGGAGGACCCGAACCUUGGAGCCAUGCGCCUCGCGACCGCGACUGACGCCUCCGUGAUAUCAACUGCCAGCGAGAGACAAGGCGUCUACGUGGAACGACAGUUGAUUGGGACUGGCGCCUCCGCGGUAGUAUACCGGGCAAAGCACAGGCAAACUGAUACCUUUGUCGCCAUCAAAUGCUACACAAACAAGGUCCCAGCAGCCCCCUGGAAGGAGGUUAGCAUACUGAGCAACCUAGAACACAGAAAUGUCAUCAAGUUCCACGCGUUUAAUGUUGUCAAUGGAGCAGGUUCAGAACUCAGGUCAGAACUUAUCAUGGAGUGGGCUCGCUGCGGGAGCAUGGCUCAGCAACAUUCCAUCAAACAACUCACAGCGAUGGAAGUCUACAUGAUUCUGAAUCAAACCCUCGAAGCCCUGACGUACUUACACGGCAGGGGCAUCACCCAUCGGGACCUAAAGCCGGACAAUAUUCUCAUUAUGAGUCGUGACCAUCUUCACGUUAAGGUUACCGAUUUCGGGCAUUCCAGCCAGGCUUACUUUCUCUGCACAAAUCACGGCACGUGUGAAUACGCUGCACCCGAGAUCUGUUAUCCGCCGUAUACGGAAAAGGUCGAUAUUUGGGCUGUGGGGAUCAUCGCGAUGGAAUUCUCGUCAGGCCUUCCCGAUCCCCGCCCCGAGCAUCUUCCCAUUCCCGGCGAAGUCGUGUCCUGGGCAGACAGAAUAAUGGCGCACAAGGAAAUUCAGACACCGAAUGUAACGUGGAAUUUGAUGUGCGUUUGCUUGCAACUUCAGCCAAACUACAGGCCAACCGCUGAACAAUGCCUUCGGGUCCCUCCUUUUUAUUUGCCUACUAAUGGAACACAAACUCCGACUCCUACCGCAUAUCAGCUCAAUAUUGAGGGCCAUGUACCGGUCGCGAGGCUCGAUGGCAAUAUUCCUGGGCAACUUGGAGAACAGCCUGCACCAGAAGCGGUCAGCCAGGGUUUGGCCCAACUACCGCCCGUGGUGUUGUCGACUAGCAUGCUGCGUAGGGAUGGUUGGAAUACUGAAUCCAUUAACCGCCUCCAGGCGUUGAUGGAACAACCGCUAGAGGCGCUCGUCCCUGUUUCCAGUAUUCCUCCUAAUCCCAGUAUUCCCGCCUGGAACCCAAGGAGCCUGGGAGCUAUCCAAACCUGGAUCCCUGGAGUUGGCUAUCAGCCCCCUCUGGCCGUGCAUAACCAUCAGCCCACUGGGUUUGCAAUUAACCAUCGGUCGGAGGCGGAGGGCAUCGGCGCGGACGCUACACAAACCAAUAACAGGUCACAACAAGAUGCCGCAGCCCGUUUUAUUGAGAACACGACUUACCAGUUUUUUCACUGGCACGGAAAGGAAAUCGCAUACAUUGCCGAAAGAGCCAUGUUCAACGUUGUGAGUUUUCUGGCGGCUACCAACCGUGAAGCCAACAAGAUUCAGACCCAGGCAUUUAGAGAACUGCUCAGCAGGGGCAUGCACGUUCUCACGGGCCCAAGAGAGGUUGUCGGGAUAUAUUUGCUCUAUGCUACUGCUAUGGAACUAUGCAGGCUUCUGAUCAUUGAAACGAGCGGCUUACCGGAUUUUCUUUUACAAGCGAGUAUAGAAACGAUGAACGAAACCCGCUCCUCGGAACCACCGCGCUCUAGCAUACCGGAUGUCCGGUAUGACCAGCCAGGUCUCGUACGUAUGGUCUUCAAAGGCAAAUCGGUCUCGAUGCGACUUGUCGACCACAAAAUCAACGCGUUCGAAGUCAUAGAGGCUGCGGAGGAGAUGGACUCUGCGGAACGGGCCUGCUGGCGAGAGAAAUACGAAGCAUUUGCCGUCGAUGGUGGAAGCAAGGCGUGGAUUCAUUUCAACGAUGGCGUAUUUUUGUGUGACUCUCUGCGCCUCAAGAAUGAGCUGAUGCCACUGCUUCGCCGGCCGGGACUCAGGAUACCUACGUCGGAACAGAAUUACUUGAAGAAAGCCGGACAAAGCGGCAGCAUCGCGUCGCCUUCAAGCACGAUUCUAUGGUUGGGCGACGGCUGGAGAGUACCGCACGAUCGAAAGAAGAGACUGGUCAAUAUAUCAGCGUUGGUGCGGGCGGCUGGCAUCCCAGAGGAAUCACUUUUGAGCCUCCUGGAUGGCUCGCAAAUCAGAGAGGACAUCAACAACGGCCCUAUCGUCAUGUGCGGGGCGUACGUCUUGUAUGAGGUGGCCAAGACAAUCUGCACUCAUUUUCAGAUCGACCAAGCGCAAGUGCAAAGCCUCUGGAAGAGGUAG